AGGAAUAUAUUUGUUCCCAUGGCGUCAAGCUCAACAUCAAAACUGCUGUUCUUCAUUCUUGCUUCGAUUUUUCUUGUUAAUUCAGCUCAAAACUGCUCAAACUACACUUUCCCAGCUAAUAGAACUUUCACCACUUGCAAAGUGCUCCCUGUUUUAGAAGCAAACCUGCACUGGACCUACAAUUCAUCAAGCACAAAAGUUUCAAUGGCAUACAGAGCUAAACAAGAUUCUAAGGGGUGGGUAGCAUGGGCUAUCAACCCUACGAGACAAGGCAUGGUUGGAUCGCAAGCAUUAGUUGCUUUCCAUAACUCAACUGACAGCAUGAUAGCUUACACAACACAAAUAACAAGUUAUAGUCCAUCAAUGCAGAGAGCUAAUCUCAGCUUUCAAGUUUCAAAUAUAUCUGCAGAAUACUUGAACAACGAGAUGAUUAUCUUUGCGAUUAUAGGACCACUGGGCAAUGAAACCACAGUAAAUCAUGUCUGGCAAGGUGGACUCUCAGUCUCAAACGACAUCCCUCAGAUACAUCCAUUUUUAUCCCAACACCUUCAAUCAUUUGGACAAAUAGAUUUUCAGACAGUUUGAAUACUCCCUGAGAAGAAUAGUUAUCUUGUUUUUUUCAACUUAUCAAAUAAAUAAGAAGUCAUCCUGGGCUUUCAUCCAAUAUUCCAAAUCAGAAUGUCUAGAAUAUUAUGUAAAAUAAGUAAUAAAAAGUUCCAACUCUUCUUGUGCUUUCUU